GCUUCUUCUCUUUGUUUCUUCCACUUUUUCUUUUCUAUAUAUAGUUCGUUUGCCAUGAGAUCUUUGUUGGAGUGUGUGUCAUGUUUGGGCACGACGACGCAUGAAGUGUCGAUGAUGGAGGAGGUUGUGACGGUGGCGGUGACACUCGCGAGGGAGGAGGAGGAGGAGACAAAGUCCUUGAUGCCUGCGGAUACGACGGCAGCAUCAUCGAGGAGGAGGAAGACAGAUAGGAUUAGGGUGAGGGUAGGGUCGACGGGGUCUAUGAAUCCCCCGUGGAAGCCCUCCUUGUGUUCCAUAACAGAGGAUAACAUCAUGGCGGAGAAUAGAAAGAAAAUACCGUCGGAAACACCAACGACAGUAGGUAGAGUGGUGAAGAGGAAGAGCUCUUCAGGGUCACGUUCUAACGUUCAUGUUCGAAGCUAUAGCAACGACACCGGGCGAAAUUCGGUGCCGGUGUUCCUACCGACGUUUUCCCCUACACCUUUCAUGUUUUGACUUCUUUGGUAGAGUACAGAUAUAAUUGUAGGGAUAAAUGAAGUGUUGUAAAAUUUGGAUCUAAUCGGAAUAAACCUGAAAAGAAAUUACCCACUUCCAAGUUCUUCAUCUCCUUCUUUGCCAUACACAUAUUGACUGAAAUCAAUCAUAGUUUUCUUUUUA